UCCUGAGAAGGAUUUUGGGUUUAAGAAAUGGGGAUAGUAAAUAUAAACGAAACGUUAUUUGUAUCAAUGACUAAUAUCAGCCAAACAGCUAAUAUUACACUUUAUAAUGUUUGUAUUUCCGCCCCACCCCAUAUUCUUUCAGAUGGCAUUUGGGGAGGACACACGACCGAAAGGGGUCCCUUAAAGUCAUCUUUUCCGGUAUUUCUUCUUCAAAUUAUUCUAAUUUAUGGCACAACAAGGACUUUACAUUUUCCUAUGAAAAUGUUGGGUUUUCCUGUGCUCAUUUCACAAAUGAUGGCUGGACUUAUUUUAGGAUCAUUUGUGCCGAUAUUUGAGGAGUACAAGAGAAUGUUAUUUCCUUAUGGAAGUCAAGAUACACUCGCAUCAAUAACAACAAUUGGUUUUGUAUUCUUCCUGUUUGAGACAGGGGUAAAAAUGGAUUUUGACAUGAUCGGACACUCAGGAAAAAAGGGAUGGAUCAUUUCUCUUUUUGGGGUAAUAACAUCAUUGAUUGUGGGUGGUAUUUCUCGUUCUUCGGAGUUUUUUAGUGUUUUUAAUGGCUCAAUUAGUGAAGCUAAUGUUAUAUUGAUAGGACAUAAUACAACUUCAUUUGCAGUGAUUGUUUCUCUAUUAAAUGAUCUUAAACUCUUAAACUCUGAACUUGGAAGAUUAGCAUUAUCUUGUGCUUUGGUUGGUGACGUAAUAAGCAACCUUAUUGUAACUGUAAUUUCAAGUAUUGCAAAUAACAGUUACGGCAUUCCACUUGGGGUUAGGUUGGGAUGUUUAUUUGCAAUAAGCUUAUUCAUUUUGUUAGUCUAUCGUCCUGCAAUGUUUUGGGUUAUUGAACACACUCCUGAAGGAAAAGAAGUUAAGGAUAUUUACAUCAAUAUUGUAAUUGGGAUUCUGUUUUGUUUGUGUUGGUUAUCAGGAGUAUUAGAGAGGGGUCCUGUGUUUUUACCUUUUAUUUUUGGAUUAGCUACACCCGAAGGAUCUCCAUUAGGCUCUACUUUGAUCAAAAGGAUUCAUUUGUUAGGCAUUAAAUUGUUUUUGCCAAUCUUCAUGACCACUUGUACAAUGAAGGUGGAGUCUUUGGACAUAUUUGAUUUUACACCAUCAUCAUCAACAACACUUAAAAUUGCUUUGUUCGUUUUUGUUUUUGGUUAUGUGGUCAGAAUGGUAGCUAGCCUUGUAUCUUCACUCUUUUUCAAUGUGCCUUUAAAGGAUGCUAUUUCUCUUGCCCUCAUUUUGAACUGCAAAGGUGUUGUGGAAGUAACAAUGUACUCUACUGCAUUGGAUAGAAAUGACAUCCAAUCGAGAACAUAUUCAAUAAUUAUAAUGAUAAUGAUGGUUUUAAUAUGCAUUACUCACUUGUUGGUAAAACGUAUGUACGAUCCUUCGAGGAAAUAUGUUGGGUUUCAAAAGAGGAAUAUGUUCAGUUUGAAGCCAGACUCAGAACUGAAGAUACUAGUUUGCAUUCAUAAACAACACCAUAUAAGUCCUAUUAUAAAAGUUAUUGAUCUAUGUUAUCCAACAAUAGAAAAUCCUAUCAUUGUAGACGCUUUGCAUUUAAUCGAGCUAGCUGGGAGGUCCUCACCAAUUUUCAUUUCUCACAAGAAGAAGAAAGUUGUUUCCUUAAACUUGAAUGAUUCUUACUCUGAUACUGUUGUUCUUAAUUUUAAACUCUAUGAAAAUGACAAACAAGGUGCAGCAAUAGUGAACCCUUACACUGCCAUAUCUCCACUUAACUUAAUGCAUGAAGAUGUUUGUCACCUUGCAUUGGACAAAGUUUCAUCAAUUAUGAUCCUUCCUUUUCAUAAAAAAUGGUCUAGUGAUGGAAAAGUAAUUGAAUAUGAUGACAAUAACAUAAGGUCUUUAAAUUGCAAGGUAUUGGAAAAAUCUCCAUGCUCUGUUGGAAUUUUAGUGAGUCGUAUGAAUGUUCAUUCAUCAAAUCUUCGAUUAGGUUUGGUGUUUUUGGGAGGAAAAGAUGAUAGAGAGGCUUUGUGUUUGGCUAAUAGAGCAGCAUGUGAUUCUAGCAUUGAGCUUGUGAUAUAUCACAUUUUAGAUAAAAAUUUGGAUGAAAAAGACAAGGAAAAUUUGGAGACAGCGCUUGAUAAAGCUGUGUUAAAAGAAUCUAAGCUAGAACAUUCUAGUAAGGGCAAUAUUGUAACUUUCAAAGAAAUAGAAGUGGAGGGUGGGUCCCAAACACUUGAUGUUCUUCGUCAAAUGGUAGAUGAACAUGAUUUUAUUAUAGUUGGGAGAAGACAUGGUGUCAAUUCUCCUCAAACAUCUGGGCUUGAAGAAUGGAGUGAGUUUCCUGAGUUGGGUUCAAUUGGAGAUUAUUUGGCUUCCUCAGAUCUUGAUUCCAAAACAUCUGUUUUAGUGGUGCAACAACAACAAUUGUGCCUAUAAUUGUAGAUACAUAUCUUAAUUGGUUACAUGAAAAUGCAAUUUAGAUUGUUUCUUU